AUGAGCAAAAAAAUUAAAAUUUCUUAACCUCUACCAAAAGUCAAUUGGAAAGAUACUGAUAUAGAAGAAGAACUUACUAUCAAAAUACCUCAUGCUGAUUUAAUUAAUAAAAUUAUUGACCCUAGAUCUAGUCCUUAAGAAUUCUUUGUUCCAAUAGUAUAUAUUAUUUGAUCCUAAAGAGAUUUCCAGCCCAAUAACAUAUGAAAGAUGCUGAUGGCUUCUUUAUACCCUUGCCAAAAGAAGAUCCAAAAAAAAAACUAUAACAAUAACAUCAAUUUUAAAAUGAAAGAUAUCAAAUUCAAUUACAGGAUUUAAUAUCUAUUGAUGAUUUGGGUUAAGGUUCAAGUGGAAGAGUGAUUAAAGCAUUACAUAAACCCACUAAUUUACUUGUUGCACUUAAAGUAUUCAUUGUAAAUAGUAGACAAUACAAAUAAUAAAUGAUGAAAAGUUCACUAAACAAAUCAAUUUAGAACUGGAAACUUUGGUCAGUUGCAAUCAUUCAAACAUUAUCAGAUGUUAUGGAGCAUUUCUAGAAGGAGCUUAAGUAGCUAUAGCUUUAGAAUUCAUGAAUCUAGGCACUUUACAAGAUGUAAUUAAAAGAUUAGGAAAAAUCCCUGAAGGCAUGUUAGGAUUAAUUGCCUAUCAACUUCUUAAAGGUUUGGAUUAUUUACAUCGAACAAAGAAAAUCAUCCAUCGAGAUAUCAAGCCAUCCAAUUUAUUGAUAAAUAGUUAAGGAGAAGUUAAAAUAUCAGAUUUUGGUGUUAGUGGUUAAUUACUAAAUACCUAUGAUCAGCGAUGUACUUGGGUUGGUACAGUUACCUAUAUGUCUCCUGAGAGAUUUUUAUGUGAACCUUACUCUUCCAAUACAGAUGUCUGGUCUUUAGGACUCUCGUUACUUGAAUGUGCUUGGGGAGUUUUCCCUUAUCCUCAUCCUGGAACCAACGAAACUACUCAUUAGUUAGGUUUUUGGGAAAUUAAAGAAUAUAUUGUCUCUAGACCAGCUCCUCCAUCACCUCCUGAUUUUUCAUAAAUUGGAGCUGAUUUCAUAGCCAGAUGUCUAUAAAAGGAUCCAAGAUAAAGAAAAAGUGCUGCAGAAUUGUUGGUAUUAAAUAAAAUAUAUUAAUUUAAAGGAACAUCCUUUUAUAAAACAAUAUGAAGAUGUGA